AUGCUUCAUACUGCGGCUGUUCGACACUAUCUCCGGCUGGUUCACCAGGGCUAUGACGCGUACUCCAUUCCAUCGCGGUUGGACCAGCUUCAUAGCCAAUUAACCUUAAACAACGGGAUUAUGACUGAGAAAAUGGGACGUCAGUAUAACUGCUUGCACAAGCAGACAUACGAUAUUCGUCGGAAAGCGGAAGCGAGGUGUCGAAGGGUUACGAAUGGGGCAGUCCCGUGGUCUCCUCAGAUCCAAAACUUUUGGGAUCGCCAGUCUUUGUGGAAGCUACUGCUGAAGGGAAGGAAGCAGUGCCGAGUUAGCUCGCGGAAAAUCCGUAGACUUAUGAAGAAGACUAAGUUGCCCGACGCCUGGAAGAAGGCUACGGUUGAAUUGGAGACGGCAUUGCGUAAUGACAGGAAAGAGCAUGCAGUUACAUGGCUCAAGGAGUUCUUGACUGUUCAACUUGACUGUUCAAGUGAAGGAAUCUAA